UUUAUCUGUGGUUUGGCUUCAGCCUCACCCCCACCCUUAUCCCCCACCUAGAGUUUAAUAGCUCUGGCUAGGGAUACACAGAGCCUCUAAAAGCACAGCGGCUCCCAGCUUCCAGUGUUGCAGAUUAUUUUAGUUGCUUCGUCUGAACAGUGACCGAAAUUUGCGUGACCUUGUACUGAAGGACAAGAUGAGGUACAAGAAAUACAUGGCUAUUCUGGAAGCAGCCGUUGGUAUCACCCCUCUUAUCAAAAGAGAACUUUUACCGGAGAGCAGAAGACAUGUGAACCUUUGGCAGCACCCCGGGGUGCAGAAUACCACAUUAUUAUCAUCCCCCUGUGAGUGGGAUUGGCACCCCGGCUAUACCUCCUGGCACAAGUAUUCCGCAAAACACAGACUUGUGCCAGUGGACAGCCUGCUUUACCAGGCCCCAGGCAUGGAAGAACUGAUAUGGGAACAGUACACUGUGACCCUACAGAAGGAUUCCAAAAGAGGAUUUGGAAUUGCAGUGUCUGGAGGCAGAGACAACCCCCACUUUGAAAAUGGAGAAACAUCCAUCGUCAUUUCUGACGUGCUCCCAGGGGGACCCGCCGAUGGGCUGCUUCAAGAAAAUGAUAGGGUGGUCAUGGUUAACGGCACCCCCAUGGAGGGUGUGCUCCAUUCAUUUGCUGUUCAGCAGCUGAGAAAAAGCGGGAAGAUCGCCUCCAUUGUGGUCAAGAGGCCCCGGAAGGUCCAGCUGGCCCCGCCGCAGGGCGGCCCUCCUCUCAGUGAGGAUGACCGGGCUUUUGAGGUAGUGGACGAGUUUGACGGUAGAAGUGCCCGCAGUGGGUACAGCGAGAGGUACAGUGAGAGGAGCCGGCUCCGCAGCUGGGAGGACAGCCUGGAGAGGGGACGUCCCCACGACCGGCCAUGCAGCCGGGAGCGGGACCGGAGCCGCGGCCGGAGCCUGGAGCGGGGUCUGGACCAUGAUGACUACGGCCGAGCCCGAGGCCGGAGCCUGGAGCGGGGUCUGGACCAUGAUGACUACGGCCGAGCCCGAGACCGGAGCCGCGGCCGGAGCCUGGAGCGGGGUCUGGACCACGACUAUGGCCGAGCCCGAGAGAGCAGCCGUGGCCGGAGUGUUGACCAGGUCUAUGAUCGGACCUACAGCCCAGAAGCGGAGUACAUCCGCAGGGCCCAGCCAGAUGCCUGGUACGAGGUGUCCCGGAGCCGCAGCCGCGAGCACCUCCACUCCCGCAGCCCCAGCCCUGAGCCGAGAGGGCGGCCAGACCACCCAGGCCAGCUGGACACGGACAGGCCCAUCGGGGUCCUUUUGACGAAAAGCAAAGCACAUGAAGAGUAUGGCCUCCGGCUCGGGAGUCAGAUCUUCAUAAAGGAAAUGACUAGUACAGGCCUGGCAACCAAAGACGGCAACCUUCACGAAGGGGACAUCAUUCUCAAGAUAAAUGGAACUGUAACUGAGAACAUGUCUCUAACGGACGCUCGAAAACUGAUAGAAAAGUCAAGAGGAAAACUCCAGCUAGUGGUGUUGAGAGACAGCAAGCAGACGCUCAUCAACAUCCCAUCGUUAAAUGACAGCGACUCAGAAAUAGAAGAUAUCUCGGAAAUAGAGUCAAACCAAUCGUUUUCUCCAGAGGAGAGGCGGCAGCAGUAUUCCGAUUAUGAUUAUCAUUCCUCAAAUGAAAAACUGAAGGAAAGGCCAAAUUCAAGAGAGGACAUGCAGGGCAGAUGGUCCAGGAUGGGUGCCACACCCACUCCCUUUAAGUCCACGGGGGACAUUGCAGCUGCUGUGGGCGCAGAGACCAGCAAGGAACCCAGGUACCAAGAGGAAGCCCCAGCUCCUCAACCAAAACCAGUGCCGAGAACUUUUCUUCGUCCUAGUCCUGAAGAUGAAGCCAUAUACGGCCCCAAUACCAAAAUGGUGAGGUUCAAGAAGGGAGACAGCGUGGGCCUUCGAUUGGCUGGUGGCAAUGACGUUGGGAUAUUUGUGGCUGGCAUUCAGGAGGGUACCUCGGCAGAGCAAGAAGGCCUUCAAGAAGGGGACCAGAUUCUAAAGGUGAACACACAGGAUUUCAGAGGGCUGGUUCGGGAGGAUGCUGUUCUCUACCUGUUAGAAAUUCCCAAAGGUGAAAUGGUGACCAUUUUAGCCCAGAGCCGAGCUGAUGUGUAUAGAGACAUACUGGCUUGUGGCAGAGGGGAUUCGUUUUUUAUAAGAAGCCACUUUGAAUGUGAGAAGGAAACUCCACAGAGCCUGGCCUUCACCAGGGGGGAGGUCUUCCGAGUUGUAGAUACGCUAUAUGAUGGCAAGCUGGGCCACUGGCUGGCUGUGCGGAUCGGAAACGAAUUGGAAAAAGGCUUAAUCCCCAACAAAAGCAGAGCUGAGCAGAUGGCCAGUGUUCAGAAUGCCCAGAGAGACAAUGCUGGGGACAGGGCGGAUUUCUGGCGAAUGCGCGGCCAGAGAUCCGAAACAGAGCCGAAAGAUGCAGGAUCUGAGAAAUCCAGCGGGGUGGUGCGGUUAAAUACUGUGCGGCAAAUUAUUGAACAGGAUAAGCAUGCACUGUUGGAUGUGACUCCUAAAGCUGUGGACCUGUUGAAUUAUACUCAGUGGUUUCCGAUUGUGAUUUUUUUCAACCCAGACUCUAGACAAGGUGUCAAAACCAUGAGACAGAGGUUGAAUCCAACAUCCAACAAAAGUUCUAGAAAGUUAUAUGAUCAAGCCAACAAGCUUAAAAAAACAUGUGCACAUCUUUUUACAGCUACAAUCAACCUAAAUUCAGCCAAUGAUAGCUGGUUUGGCAGCUUGAAGGACACGAUUCAGCAUCAGCAAGGAGAAGCAGUUUGGGUCUCUGAAGGAAAGAUGGAAGGGAUGGAUGAUGACCCCGAAGACCGCAUGUCCUACUUAACCGCCAUGGGCGCGGACUAUCUGAGUUGCGACAGCCGCCUCAUCAGUGACUUUGAAGACACCGACGGUGAAGGAGGCGCCUACACUGACAAUGAGCUGGAUGAGCCAGCUGAGGAGCCGCUGGUGUCUUCCAUCACCCGCUCCUCGGAGCCGGUGCAGCAUGAGGAGAUUGAAAUUGCUCAGAAGCAUCCUGAUAUCUAUGCAGUUCCGAUCAAAGCCCCCAAGCCAGACCCUGGCCUGCCCCAAUACACAAGUUCCAGACCCCCUGAGCCACAGAAAGGUCCUUCUAGACUCUAUCAAGAUGCCAGAGGAAGUUAUGGCAGUGAUGCGGAGGAGGAAGAAUACCGCCAACAGCUAUCAGAACACUCAAAGCGUGGUUAUUAUGGCCCGCCUUCCCGGUACCGGGACACAGAAUUGUAGAUUUCUGAGAAUUGACUUAUGUACCUGCUGCCACCACCUCAGAGCGGCUCUGCUGCGGAGCCACGGGAUGGUUCUUUCCGAUUAAAAUGCACUGUGGAAAUGUGGGACCUGAGCCCCCAGCUAGGGGACAGCCAAUGCAAAUUCCGAACUGAAGGCUCUAUUUUUGGACUGGGUCUGGGGAGAUUAUGGCCUUUUUGCUCAGAAUUCAGAGAAACACUACAGUUUGACACUGUUACCUGCUUCAGUGGACCAAAAUCUGUAUUAAUUCUGUUUGCGUAUUUUUAACAUGUAUAUUAAGAAAUAAUAACUAUUUUUCCUCAUUAAUAGCUGUUUUUCAAGGACUGUUUCAAUGUGAGACAGAAUGUAAAAAAAAAAAAAAGGAAUAAAAAUACUGUCAGACUUCAGCUAAAUUCAAAGAAAUAUUUUCUUACAACUCGAAGUGCCUUUGAUGAGAAGUGUCUUAAAUUUUCUUCCUUUGAUGCUUUAUGCAAAGCCAUAAUGGACUAAAACCUUUUGACUAAAUUUUUAUACCAGUUUAAUAGCUAUGGUUUCCUCUGCACUGUGUCAUCUUUUCAAGGCCUAUGUCUUUGUAAUAUUUUCCCACAAAUUUUGUCUGUAUAUAUAAGAGCCAUUCUUGGUAGUUUGGCUAUGAGUGCUAAACAGCUUGAAGACCAAGAUAUUGGUAUAGAAAUUUUGUUUGUAUAAAACUAUGUGCUCCACAAAAGCAGAUACUCGAGAAAAACCACAUUUUAUUUCCAAAAGUGUGUGUGUUGACAACAGUUUUAUAAUUUAAUAAAAAGGAGGACAUUGCAAUCAA